UUAAGAUAUUACGGCGCCCGUUGCAGACGCAAAGCUUUCACUGCACUUUUGUUGAUGGAGAGGAGAACUCUGGAGAACUUGGGAGAAGCGGGGAGCAAUCAACUUCAUCGCCGACCGAGAAGGCACACAGAUUCAAUUGAAGACUUCUCAGGAUCCCAAGUCACCGAUGUAAAAUGUCACUGCACACUAUUCCGCUACCUUUGCGACAAAGGUCUGGUGACCACUUUACACGCUGAGUGUGGAUAGCAAACGUUCCCAGAAUGUCAGGCGCGAAUGUAACCAUCCAAAUGGUUCAACGCCACUCUUGUGAACCGCGAGGUCGCGGAACUCCCUCAAAAUUGCUGUGAGGCAUACUCAUGAACGGGCAUCCUAAAACUGGUCAUCUGGUCAAGACACCUGUGGGCAAUUGGGACCCUUUUCCCUAGCCAAUGAAGAGGUUUUAUCUAUAGAUCUCACCUGACUCCAAUAACAAAGGGCGAGAGACAGCAAGAUUAUGAAAUUGGCAUAAUCUUCUAUUACCCGAUAAGCCGCAUCCGAGGUCCGCACCUUCCAAUCGAUGCGGCCGAAGCGAUAGUAAUGUAUGGGUGCGAAAUAUCCAUGCUUCUGCAAUGCGGGGUAGGUGGGGAAGAGCUUCUCUUACGAUACAAAGUCCGCCAAGACUUGUGUCUACCUAAUAGCCAUUCCAUCUAAGAAGUUCCGGCAGUAUAUCUAAUGUUCGCCCGCUAUAAUGAGACAAUUUCUAAAACGGUGGAGGAGGCGACAUCGCGUCGAACACCCGGACGAUCGUGUCACGAGUGACGAUGUUGUCGGGGAACGAACACUUCUGAUCAUCUGUCGUCGUAAUCUGAACUGCACCAUGGAUGUUCAAGCACCAAAUCAAGACCAAAUGAUACCCCUCGUGAUAGUUUGCAUUGUGAUCAAGAUCGCGCACCAUUUUCUCAUCCAAGACAGACCCGUGGUGCAGUCCGCGAGUGAAGUCCAGAAGGCGACCACUGUAGGGGAGACGAAAGCGAUAGUGGUUGGCAAAGGUAUUGAUGUUCUGUUGAUCUCGUCGAAACCAGCAAGUGCUCUUCGGAAGUUGGCUCACGUCUCCAUUCGAGUGUAAUCGUCCGCGCCCGCCG